AUGCUCAAAUCCUUGUCGUCGGUGGAGGUCCCUCUGGUAGUUAUACUGCCUCGGCCCUUGCCAGGGAAGGGCUCGACGUCGUGUUAUUGGAGGCUGCCCAGUUUCCCUCGGUAUCACAUCGGGGAGAGCUUAAUUCCUUCAGUCCGCCACUACCUGAGGUUCAUUGAUGCGGAGAAAAAAUUGGUCGAGAUGGGAUUCAAGCACAAGCCCGGAGCUGCAAUAAAGUUCAAUCAAUUCAAACAGGAAGGAUACACCGACUUCGUUGCGCUUGGGCAUAAUAACAGUUCAUGGAACGUAGUACGCUCGGUAUUCGACAAGAUGCUGCUAGACCAUGCGACAUCUUGCGGAGUAAAGGUGUUUGAACAAACGAGUGUGAAAUCCUUCGGCUUCUCCGCAACCGAGUCUUCCAGGCCUGUGACCGCCGAAUGGCUGCGUGCCGCAGAUGGAGAAACUGGAGUAAUUUCAUUCGACUAUCUUGUUGAUGCAUCCGGACGCUCAGGACUGAUGUCAACCAAAUACUUGCGCAAUCGUCAUUUUAACGCAUCAUUGAAGAACAUCGCACUUUGGGGUUACUGGACGGGAGUUGGUACAUAUGGCAUGAAUACCCCAAGAGAGGGUGCCCCUUGGUUCGAGACAUUGAAAGACGAAUCCGGCUGGGCUUGGUUUAUUCCUCUACACGAUGGAACAACUUCCAUCGGCGUCGUUAUGAAUCAAGACAUGUAUAACGAGAGGGUCCGUGCCUUGAAAGGCAGUUCUCUGGAAGAUCGAUAUCAGAUUUCCACAACUCUUGCCCCAGAACUAAUCAAGCUCAUUGGAACCGGAAAGAUGGUACAAAAAGAGGCUCAUGGGGGACAACCUGGGCAGCUUGACCCAUUGAUACGAUCAGCGUCUGACUUCAGCUACUCCGCUUCGAGCUAUGGGGGACCUGGCUUUCGUUUGGUCGGGGACGCUGGUGGUACGAACUUGAACAUCUCCCUUGUCUAUAUGAUGGAACUGAUUCCCGAACCUUCAGCCUUCAUAGAUCCAUUCUUCUCCUCCGGAAUACACCUCGCAAUGACCUCUGGGCUAUCUGCAGCAGUAUCUAUAUGUGCCGCAGUCCGAGGAGAUUGUUCAGAAGUCGAAGCAGUUGCAUGGCACACGAAGAGGUUUUCGUUGAGUUACACGAGAUUCCAGAUAGUGGUGAUGAGCGCAUAUCAACAGAUACGAUCGACGGAUCUUGAUAUCCUGAAUGACGUUGAUGAGGACAAUUAUGAUCGGGCAUUCGCUGCCAUCCGACCAGGUAUUGCUAUCGUUGUGCAUCGGAGAUGGGGGACCCGGUUGAGUGGGAAAGAGCUUCAGAGUGCGCUGGAGUUCUGCGGCAAGUGCUUUAACCCCACGUCACCUGAGCACCUUGCACCCGCUUCGAAAGAAGUUCUUCCAAAGGAUAUGUUCGAUGUUACAGCCCCACUCAUGGAUCCGCACGCUAUUCGAAGCAUUAUCUCGAAGACAUUCAAGAAUCCAAAGGGUGACCAGGACAUCUCUGAACGUGAGGAAGACCUGAAACUCGCUCUGGACCAAAUCAAUGGCCGAAGAGUCGUACAUCAAGAGUAUUCUAUCAAUAAUCUCGAGGCUGAGGAUGUGAAUGGAUUUGUGGUAAAGUUGCGAAAAGGACAUCUUGGAUUGAUGCGCGCGUAG